GGCGGUUUGCUGGGCGUUCUGGGCAUGCUGGGGGGCUCGCUACGGUUCCAUGCCAUCUCCCUGUAACGUGUAAAAAUAUAGGCCGGGCACUGAUGUCGCCUCUUGGUUCAAAAAAAACAGGAAUUCCCCUUCCACUUCUCCAUGUCCGCCACCAAAUUCGCGCUCUGGUUUUUCACCACCUUUUAAUACCUAUAAUCUUGGGACGCCUUUGACGAAUCCCCUUCCGAGGCCCGCUGCCCUUUCCAAACCACCCAAUUCCCCGACGACGCCAACGUCCGACCCAGCCUCAGCAGUGCUACGCGAGCACAAGAAGCAAUCACGGCGCAGGGGCAACGACAAGAAGCGAACGAAGCCUCACGACCGCCCAAUUUGACAAGCUCUGCGCAACUCCAGAUGCAACGGGCCUUGCUGUCAACUUUCACCGACUGAAAUCAACCUAUCUUUGCUACGCUUGCACUGACGACGACCUCGCUCUGUCUUUUGUCGACUUUCUCUCUCUCGAUGCUCCGCUGCCAAUAAUAAUUAGCCUCUCCUUUUUUUUCUUGUUUCUCCGCCGACAUCUGGAACCUCUGGAUCAUUCCAUCUCGGCCCCGACCUCCGACGACUCGGGCUCCUCUAUUUUUGCGGCUUCUCCACUUGUCUUCACCACACUCCUUUUGGGCGACACACACAUAGCCGCGACGACCGAACAUCCUGUGGCUUGCUUGUCCCCUUUUUUCUCUCCACCUCAGGGUUUUGUGGGGGAGGAUCAUCGCAUAGGGAUUUGUCUUGUAUUAAUUUUUCCCCGACUUCUUUUCCGGCCUUGACGGCACUUUUCGACUGUUGAGUUCACCAUGGCUGCUCGACCGAAUCAACGAAACAUCAAGUGGGUGGAGGGUCUUCGAGGUGUCACAUCGGCUCUCGUUAUCACCACCCACAUUGCCCGCGCUUUGGAUUUUCCACUUUUCUGGCCAGCCGACUCUAAGGGAGAGGCUCCCAGAUUGCUGCAAUAUCCUUACCUGCGCAUCCCAUACCAAGGACGAAUUGGCGUGCCCAUCUUCGCCUUCUUGACGGGCUUUGUAUGUGCCAAUAAGCCAUUAAAGCUCGCCUACCAACAAGGCAAUGCGCCAGCUGCGCUCAAGACGAUUGCGAGGAGCGCUUUCCGGCGCCCUCCGCGCCUGAUGCUUCCAGCUCUUAUUGCCACCCUGAUCAGCUUCUUCAUGUCGGUUCUCGGUGCCUACCGGGCUGCCAACCGCUGUGACGCUUUCUGGGUGCGUUUCGAUGCGCCGGACCCAAUGCCACUGGGCGACAACAUCCGCAGACUCUUCCGCUCCUCCUUGACGACAUGGACCAACACCGAGAACGUUUAUGACCGGCAUCAGUGGGCCAUGCGCCCGCUGCUCAUCGGAGCUUUCCAAGUGUAUAUCGUGUUGGCUGCCACCAUCGGGAUGCGUUUCAAGUACCGUGUUCUGGUGCAUGUUCUCCUGAUCACGUACUGGUUGAUGAAUGUUGGACACUUGACUGAAACCUUUGGUGCUAUGCUUGCGCUUGGGACGCUUCUUGCCGAACUCUCCCAGCACCGUCCCACGCAAAACUUUAUCACCUCUCACCAGCGCCUUCUCACCUGCGUCGUUGCCCCCUUCCUGCUCUUGGUCGGUGGCUAUGUCGGCUCGUACCCGCAAGAGCAUGAGGACUGGGCCCCUUGGUCCAUGAGCCUCCACAAGUUCCUCCUGAAUCCGGUUGAUGGUCAGAACCAGGGCAGUUUCUUGGUACCUAAGGGGUCCAAUGUCCACCGACGAACAUCGGCCUUUUUCAUCAUGUGCACCUCCAUCUCCAUCUUUAUCUCGCCCUUCAUCCAGAAGCUCCUCUCGCAUCGUCUUCUGAUCUGGCUCGGACACCACUCUUUCGCUGUCUACCUCACCCACGGAACCAUCCUCCGCACUGUUGGCAUGUGGAUUGUGUAUGGGAUCACUGGAGAGCCCUGGGAACCCGCCGGUAAGAACGAAGACGGGUCCCAGAAGCAGCAGGAGUACCUCCACCCCAAGUCCCGCGCCCACAAGAUGGCCUCGAUUCUGGUUUUCACCACCCUUACGUACAUUGCCGCCUGGGCCUGGAUGAAGUACGUGGAUACGGCCUGCGCGAGAGCCACCCAGUGGCUGGAGAAGAAGGUGUUUGACGAUGACAACGAGGAAGGCAAGGCCGGCUUGGCCGAGAAGGGAUUCCUCCUCAACGGCAAUGGCACAAGCCCAGCCGACGGGGACAGGCCGAAGCAGGCACAGUCAUAAGGGGGCGUUUAAUCCAGCAUAAUAAUUUGUUCACUUCUAGAAAUUUUGUUUGGAUACCAUGUGAUAUUUGUGGGAGGUCAUAAAACCGGAGAUAUCAGAGGGCGAGGGCUCAGAGGAAGAAAUAGAGGCCAAUUUCGCAUCAACACAUCAUCAGGCAGAAAUACCCGGGACAUAUAUGUGAGGGUGGGAUAUUCCGAUGUGCAGCCACGGUUGUGUAAAACGUGGUCUGUGUUGCGAACACUCUCCUUUGUCAUCAGAUCAUAUCUGCCAACCGAUUUUUCUCUUUAUGGUCUUGAGUAACCUCUGGCAGUGCACUCGGGCCAGACAUCAAACUUGCCUACCAUAUUUAUUUACACUUUGCAAAAGAUAUGUAUAUACACGAGCAAACAUAAUGCAGCUUUGGGUGAUGGAUGGCUAUAUUGGGAUGAGAAGGGAUC